AUGGCCACCGUCCAAGGCCACUGCGAUCCGCGCUUCACCGCCGUCAAAGCCGCCCUCCAAACGCACCUCUCCUCCGGCGCCGAGCUCGGCGCCAGCAUCUACGUCGACAUCGGCGGCGCGCCCGUCGUCGACAUCUGGGGCGGUCACGCCGACCGCGCCCACACACGCCCCUGGACCGACCGCACCAUCGCCAACAUCUGGUCCUCGACCAAGGCCGUCACCGCGCUCGCCGCCCUCGUCCUCAUCUCCCGCGGCCAGCUCGACCCGCACGAGCGCGUCGCGACUUACUGGCCCGAGUUCGCGGCCGAGGGGAAGCAGGAUGUGCUCGUGCGGCACCUGCUGUCGCACAGCGCGGGGUUGCCGGAUUGGGAUCGCGAGUUAAGUAGCGAGGAGAAGUACGACAUCCCGUUCGCGGCCGGGCUGCUGGCGCAGCAGAAGCCCCGCUGGACGCCAGGCGAGGCGUUCGGGUACCACAUGGUCACCAUGGGCCAUCUGGUCGGCGAGCUGGUCCGACGCAUCACGGGGAAGACGCUGAAGCAGUUCGUCGACGACGAGAUCGCGGGGCCGCUCGGCGCGGAUUUGCAGAUCGGCGCGCGCGAAGAGGACUGGGACCGCUGCGCGGAGAUGGUCGCGCCGCCGAUGCCGCCUAUGCCGCCGCCUACUGCUGCUGCUGCUGCUCAGGCGAAGCCCGAGGAUGGCGAGAAGAAGGCAGCGGAGAAGGAGGACGCGCCGAAGAAGAAGCCCAUGCCGCCGCCCCCCUCCGCCCUCGUCGACAAAUCCAACACCCCCGCCUGGCGCCUUGCCGAGCUUGGCGCCGCCAACGGGCACUCCACAGCGGCCGGUCUCGCGCGCGCCCUCUCCGCCGUCACGCUCGGCGGCACCGCCAACAACGUCGCCCUCCUCAACCCUUCCACCGUCGACCUCGUCUUCGAGGAGCAGGCUCACGGCAAGUGCCUCGUCACCGGCCUGCCGAUGCGGCUCGGUGUCGGCUUCGGGUUGACCGGGGAGGACACCUUCGCGGCGUGGUUCCCGGAGCAGGAGGGCAGGAUCGCGUUUUGGGGCGGGUGGGGCGGGUCGAUUGUCAUUAUGGAUUUGGAGCGCAGGAUGACGAUCGCGUAUGUGAUGAAUAAGAUGGAGAUGACGGUGUUAGGGAAUGAGAGGACGAAGGAGUAUGUUAGGGCGGUGUAUGAGGCGGUGAGGGGGACGGAGUAG